AUGGAAUCGUCUUCACAAGAACCAGAAGAAAUCCUACCUUCUGGAGGGCUUGCAAGGAAAUCAACCACAGAAAAGUUCGUUUUUUUUUUCAACAUUUCGAUUUUUUAUUCGAAGUUUUCAGGCGGAACAGGGUAGUGACGUUCGCUGAAUUGAACCCUCAGGACCUUCUGGAUGGAGAUCGUGAGAAAGAAUUCCGAAUCACGCUACCGCCAAAGUAUGAUGACGUAAUUGAUGCAGAGAGGGAUGUCGAAAGUGGGUUUUUUUAAUUUUAUAAAAAAAGAUGACUCAAGUUAGUUUUUCUUCGAGUUAUUUUUUUCAAAUUAAACUUUCUCAUGUUAACAACCUAAAUCGCUUAAAAUGUACUAUACCGCCUGUUGGAAAAAAAUUGAGAUACUCUCACUGAAUAAUUUAAAUAUGUCGAUUUUCGUUGCGAAACCGACGCGAUUUCAAAAAUUCACAGAAAAAAACUUAUUUGAAGCCUAAAAAAAUGAUAUAUUGGACUUUUUAAAAAAAUAAUUUUUUUGAUUGCAACAUUUCAGGUCAAAGAGACCAUUCCCGGUCGCUCUCACGAUACGCCAAAGUGACGAUUUUCUCAUUUUUCUGCUUUGCUCUGUUAAUUCUCUUUCUCCUUCUUGCUGAAAAUAACACGCAUUGA